AUGGAACAAACUUUCAGGCCCGAGUCUCCUCCAAUUCUAGAGGUGGUUAUACCGUUUUUGAUUAAAGAGGAAAUGCCUUCCCAUCAUGAGGGGCAAGAAUCGUCAGAGAUUCCAACCGUUCAACCGGGUAAGUUUCCGAGUUCCACACCGAUAGAGAAACGACAUAUUUUUAUAAUUUCAUUUUAAAGCCAGCGAUUUCAAGAAAAAAGAAGGCAGGAGGAGAGGUGUCCGUGAUUUUUGUGUGUUUGUAUGGUCAAGGAAGAAACUUAGUUUAUUGAGAGAAACAGGUAUCUAGAUAUCACACAAUUUUAGGGCGCUGGAUUUCGUUUUAGGCUGUGAGUGCAAAAAAUACAUCGAAUCUUGAGAGUUUCUCGCGACGAAAUAGCUUCACACAUUGAUCGAUUGAAGGAGAAGCGUUUUCCUGAUAAAUUUGCAGUUUCUCGGGGAGAUUACAUAAGAAGUCAAAAAGGCAGUUAUCUUGAGUCAGUUAAUUUUCAUGGAGAAAGCAUCCAGUACUUGCAAAAUAUCAGUAAUAUUCUUACUUUACAUACUAUCACUGUUUUUGUCUUCUUUUUUUUAAGUUUGCUUUUCAAAGCAGUUCGUUUCGAUCGCAGCUGAUUGGAAACCUGUGAGAAUUCCAGCCUGCCUAAUAAGACAAAACGGUUCGAUUUUUACAAAGGGACAAUUUAACAAAAGUAAAAUUUCAGAGGUUCUUUGAUUAACAUACCUUUGCCGGUAAUGCCUCCUUUCGAAAUCAGACCAUCUCUAUCUUAAGCACUAGCAGAAUUUGAAGUUACGGAAUGAGACGACACAAAAUUAUUCAAAAUUGAUUCCGGUAAACUGUUUGGAAUGAACCAUAAAAAUUUAUUCCAGUGAAUUUCGAUCUAAAAUAGUGGUAUGCCGGUAAAAAUGAUCGACUGUGAAGCUAGAAAUUAUGUAAUCAGCGUUUCGUAUAAACUGCACAUCAGAGACACUCUCUCAGGUUACACGCUCGAAAUAGAGUGCAUAUCAAUUUUACGCCUGCAUGAAGGAAAUUGAGAGUUUUUCUUGUUGCUUCUCAUCUCUGAGUCUUGAUUCAUGGUAAAAGAAAAAAAAUAACAAGCUUCCGGAACACCAGAAUGGUGGCUGGAAUGUCAUUUACUGAGUUUUAUUUUUGGAGAGUCAUUUAUUCAUAUUUUUUCGCGCUCUUCUUUCACAUUCUGGAAAAACAGCCACGCUUUUUUCUCUUUUUUUUUCUUUCCGACGGAAAUAAACGGAUGAUAAAUAUUGAUGUUGUUCGGGGUCUAUUGAUUUUGCACCACGUGACGUGAAGGAGCCAAUAAAAUCGCGCGAAAAUUAAUGAGUUCUGAAUAAAUUUUGUCCUUUGUUCCAUUCUCAUAUAGUGAAACACGAACAAGUUUCUCCAAGCGUCGAGGUGAUCAAGAAGCGAGCAUGCCGCACUCGUUUCACAAUUUAUCAAAGAGCAGAACUGGAGGCGGCCUUUUCAGCAUCACCUUACUUGACUCCUCACCAAAGAAUGGCUUUGGCUUCGAGACUCAGAGUCAAACCUGUCGCUGUGCAGGUAAUUAACAUGACUGCUUUGAAAUAAAAAUUAGAUAUCAUUCAUUCAGAACCAGCCACGCACAGAGAAAAUAAUCUUUGUCCUCUGCAAAGAUUCGAACUUUAGGUAAAGUGCACAGUCAAGAGUACAGUCUGUACUCAAGCCAAGAGGGCCACCCAACCAGAACUAAUCCUGGUUUUCAUGGCAUGAGGUGACUAGGAGUAUUACGUCUCCCCCCUGGAUGGGAUAGCAGGGGGUGUGUUAUCCCAUCAGGGAUAAAGGAUGGCCCCCCUUUGAUAAAACCUCGUUGGGGAGCUAGGUCAUAUGGGAGAUUUAUAUGUUACACAAGUAUUCAGUAUGCUCCCAAGGUCAGCAGUUUCAACAGCUUUGUGUGGGUAAAUCAACAAGGGCAGACUCCACUUUCGGGACAAAAAACAUUUGUAUUCAUUCAGUCAGACGACCAAGCUGAAAAUUGACCCCAAUUCUUAAUCUUAUAAUUCACGUUUGCCUUUUGCUCGCUCCCUAUUACAGUUUAAUCCCAAUGCACUUUAGGUGAUUUACUCGUCAUUUCGUGUCUCUCAUUUUUCAGUCAUGGUUUAAGAACAGACGAUUCAAGUGGCGCAAAGAAGUACGGGAAGGCUCUCACGCCUCGCCAGCUGCGCUACCCGCACCUGCACAAGGUAUUUCCUUGAUGUAUCAGCCACGAUAUGUCUACAGUUCUGGUCAGUUUCCAGUGUCAGCUCAGUGCCAAGGAUGUUUCACAAGACAACCAUCCAGCGACUCGCAUUCACAUGUAGACUUCACUCCGUAUCCCUAUUCUUCUCACUGA